AUGGAAACCAUCCUCUCCAGCUUUCUCCAUGACCCUACCUCUGCCCUCAAAACGCAAAUCUUUAUACCUCGCUUCAUCCAUCGUCUCCGCAUGGCCGAAGCAUGGGGCAUAUCUAGUGGCGAGAGAAUCCUUGAUACUGGUUGCGGCCAAGGUGGAUCAUCCCUCAUUCUGGCACACCUCGUCGGGCCCAAUGGCCGCAUAACCGGCAUCGACCCCGUCCAACCCGAAUACGGCACACCCUUCGCAGUGCAACAGUCGCAGGAGUACACGAAGCGAUCUACUCUCGGAUCAUCGCUCACAUUUCUUCGCACAGACGCCCCAUCAUUUGUCCACGGGUUAGAUUGUCCAGCCAGCGAAGUCUUCGAUGCAGCAGUGCUUUGUCAUAGUCUCUGGUACUUCCAGAAUCGCCUGACCGUAUAUCACCUCUUUCGGGCCUUGCGGGAUGCAGACAUUCCCUGUGUAUAUUUGUGGUUGGACCAAGAAUCCACUCUGAAGGCGGUCCAGUUAGCCGGGUUUCUGUUGAAGAAGCACGGAUCCAUCACACCUGAAUCUACGAUACUGGAGGGUCACUACGAGGUGCAGUAUGUGGCGGAGGAGAAGUUUACGCGUGUGGUUCGCGAGGAGGGCCUCCCAGAGACCCAGCAAGAUGAAAUAUUGGCUUGGGUGACGCGUGUACGAAAGUCAAACGAGGAACUCAAGCUGGCUGGGCUUGGAGAGAGGCGAUACAAUACCGUCAACUUUGGUAAUGAGCUUCCGGAUACUCAACUUGCCUUGAGCUUCCCGAUCCCGCUUCCACCGGGAAAGUAG